GAGGGGAAGGAGGACUAACGGAAGGUGAAGAUCCGUGCCUGACUGAGGACCACCUGGGAAACCCAAUACCCACCAGGAUACAGACUGCGUAGAAUGUAGCUGUGGUCUUCUGUACACUCUACAAGUCAUACCACCAUGGGAGAAGUCCAAAAGGGCUUGUUUUCUGUCAUUGAGAAACUAAAAGGCACGACAGAACAGGAGCUUCGGAUAGUCCUUCUUGGUCUGGAUAAUGCUGGGAAGACCACCUUACUGAAACAGCUUGCCUCUGAAGAUGUCAACACUAUCACCCCAACCCAGGGCUUCAAUAUUAAAAGUGUAACUUGUCAUGGUAUGAAACUGAAUGUGUGGGAUAUCGGUGGACAGAGGAAGAUCCGUCCUUUCUGGAAAAAGUAUCUUGAAAACACAGAUUUGUUGAUCUACGUCAUUGACAGUGCUGACAAGAAGAGGUUUGAAGAAACAGGCCUGGAGCUUUCAGAGCUGAUUGAUGAGGAGAAUCUGAAGGGAGUGCCAGUUCUUAUCUUUGCCAAUAAGCAAGACUUGGCCACAGCAUCCCCAGCCAGCGAGAUUGCAGAGGGGCUUAACCUUCACACAUACCGAGACAGGGAGUGGCAGAUCCAGGCCUGCUCGGCUGUAUCUGGAGAGGGAGUACAGGAUGGAAUGAACUGGAUCAGCAACAACAUUGUAAAUAAGAAGAAAUGAACCUGCUUGAGAACCUCUGUCAUUUUGUACAAAAAUAAAAGCUCUCUGAUCUCUGAGUAUAAAAACAGCCCUGUUAAAUCAUGUAUGAGACAGAUUUCAUCGGGCACUCGCUUUUUGUUACGUUUUGUAAGUUACGUAAGACGAAUCCUAAACAAUGAGCAUUGAGCCGCCUUCUUUUGCUUGACAUUCACUCUCUAUCCAAAACUCUUCUGAGUCUACUAUCAAAAAAGACAAGGAAGAGGUGUUUCUGUUAUUCUGACCAAAUAAGCUUGCUUAUGAUUUCUCUCUGGCAGUGUUUUGGUGACCUUCCAGAUGGUUCUGAAACAUUUGAUCUGACAGCAAUUAAUGCUAAAACAGAACUUCCAGCCUAAAAUGGAAUGUCCUUCAGCAUAUCAAUCCCAAGAGAAUUUAAGUUUUAGCUUAAAAGAGUGUUUAGCUUUAGCUAGUUUUGAAGCCAUGUAUUGGAGAAACCAUUCAGAGAGGCUCUGGGCUGAACUCCUGCUUUCUCUUCAAGCUGAGGAGAUUCAGUUAUGUUUCUGUGCUCUGCUGGCUCAUGUAGUGUUGAUAUGAUAGACUGGUGUGUGCAUCACUUGUGUCAUUGUAUGAAAUGAUAUUGUGACAUUAAAGUUUUCUCUAGUUCUUUA